CGCCACCUCCACUCUGCGGGAUCCGGGACGCAGACUGUAAUGGGGACAGUGUACUCCUCUGUAGCCGGCAUGCUGGGCGUCAAUCUCCACAACGUGCAGUUACCGCACAGCUCGAUGAUCUGCUGGCACAAAGCGGACGGUGAAGAGUACCUGUUCAUCGACGUUGUCCGCCGCGGCAUGCGGCUGUCCUGGGAGCAGGUGCUGGAGGAGCUGAAUGCUGAUCACCGGGAAGUGGACCUCCAGAUGCUGGAACCCUUUCCCAGGGCAGGGCUGCUGUAUCGUCUCAUCAAUGGCGCAGUCCAUCCGGACGCCCGCCGGCCAGGGACCGGCUUCGACCUGGUCUCGUUGGAGACGCUGGCGUGCUGGGCCCGCAGCGACUGCCGUCCGAACACGGCCGCAAUCGUGGACCUGAUGUCGACGAUGGCUCGUGCCCGGCCCAUGUACACGCGCCGCCUGUUGCAGCAAUUCGUCGAGACUAAUGGCUCGCUUGUGGCUGAGAACGAAAGGCGUGGCCUGGAAGCGCUCAUGAAGCACUUCAAGAGGAUGUACAAGCGGCUGGUGCGCUCCCUAGACGAACAGGAGGCUGAAGUGCAGGAAUUGGCGGACCUCCGCGCGGCUGGCCGAGCAGUGGGCGACUACCGGAGGCAGUUUGGUGUGGGUGACGUCGUCACGUACGGCGACGGGUGCCUGGCUGUGGUGUACGGCUGCUCACCAUACUACGAGAUCUCACAGGACUGGACGGCAAAUAGUCGCGCCUGCUCCGGGCUUCAGCGCGGACACAAGCAACCCUUCUACAGCUUGCUGCUGGAGGUUGACCGGUUCGGAUACAUGGCUGAGGAGGAGCUCCAGCUGUCCCCGGAUCCCCAGCCAAUCAGCCAUCAGGAAGUGGGUCGCUUCUUCACCCGGUUCGACGGGGAACGGUAUGCGCCGAUCGCUCCGCUGGCUAUUCGCUUCCCGGGGACGCUGUGUGAGCAUGAGACGAAAGCGAGCUUCGUCGAGUCUUCGACAGAUGGCAGCGACAGCGAAUGGGAGGACGACGUUGGAGAUGAAGAGGAGGAAUGGAGACCGUCACCCCCUACAGUGUGGAUGGGCGUUUGGCCAGCGAUCCUCCCCGAGAACUCAGAUGAUGAGGACACUGAUGGUUGAGCUGUGACCGCUGACGGUGAUCCGUUGAACCACUUAUGGCUAUGUUUGGGCUGUGAAGAAUAGCUCACUGGUGUUACUGAAUACCUCAGCUGCCUCAGGUACUCUGUAUGGCUGUACAUAUGCGUGUAUGCCCGUGUAGGUGUUUGGCAUGCAACCAGUCCGUGGUCUUUUUGUUUGAUUGCUCGUGCUGCAUUGGCGCCGGUUAUCCUACGCACUCAGGGUCGCAAGUACAUUGUCAUGGUUUGCUGUGCCUUCUUUUGUAUGUGAUAGCAUUCUGUGCCAUCGGUUGUGUAUGUGAUGCCAGCUUUAGAAGUGUGUGCGUGUGCCAUAUGUACAUUUAGAUGUAUCAAAUGAUUGGUAGGUGACGACUGAUUUCGUACUCUGCAUGGAAUUUUGGGCUGUGUGAUAGCUAAGCAUUGAUAUUAAGUCAAUUGUUGAGGUUUGAAAUGUGUGCAUUGUCAUG